GGUGUCUUUAUAAAUUGAUACGUCAAUAUUGGCGUAUCGCGCUAUGGAAGAUUAGGGAUCUACAAGGCAGCCCGAUGAUGGAAGUAAUGUCGUUUGGAGGGUAAAUGGGGAAGAGGACAAUUGUGGGUUAUUUAAGAGAGGGCCUAAUGGAAAUGUUGGUCAGUUUUGCGCAAAAAUGCAUUCUCGUGGGCACCUUCUUGUGCUCUGUGUGCUUCUUGGUGUUACAACCGCCACCCAGCAUUGGCAAUGUCCCCCCAGUGAAAUUUUACGGGAGAAAUUUGGUAGCUUUCCACAUCCCACUAGCUGCCAAAUGUACUUGAGUUGUACUGCAGAUGGGAACCUCAUUGAAAAAUCUUGCCCGGUUGGUGAAGAAUUCAAUCACUGGAAAUUCCGUUGUGAUGCACCAACAAGCCAUGGAUGUAGCAUUCGUCUGGAGAAGAAAACCACCGAACAACUGCCUAACUGUCACAAUCAGGCUGAUGGAAGGAAGUUUCCCACGAGAAAUUGCAAUUCUUUCGUGAUUUGUAUCAGUGGUCAGCCAAAAUUGCAAUCAUGUGAUUGGGGAUUGCUCUUCAAUGCGGACCUUGAGGUGUGCGAUUGGGCAGCAAAUGUGAGGUGCUAUGAAACUUCGGGACCACCUAUAGGACCUGCACCUGAUUGCAAGUAUCAAGAUGGUGCAUACUUACCCAAUAUCUACGAUUGCAAUAGCUUCUAUGUGUGUCAGAAUAAUGUGCCAAUGCUACAGCGAUGUGAUGCUGCCCUAGUUUUUGAUCCAAGCAUUGGUACAUGCAAUUGGCCCAAUCAAGUCAACUGUGUACCAGAGCCCCUACCCGAUGUAGAUCCUUUCUUGCCAGAUUGUAAUGGACGUGAAUGGGAGUACAUUGCACAUCCCGCCAAUUGUGGGGCCUACUACAGAUGCGAGCACAACCGAGCUGUCCUAUAUCAUUGCGAUGAAGGACUCUUAUUCGAUCCACGUCUACUGACCUGCAACUGGGCACCACAGGUGGUCUGUUUUUCUUAGUCUUUUGAAAAAAAAAAAUCUUUGCAAUGAAAUUACCGUGAUAAUUGCUUAAUUAUUAAUUUUAUAUAGCUCUCACAUAAAGAAAAUUGAAAGCUAUAUAUUUUUGGAAAAGAAAACUUUUUCAUUUUAUCUAAUCAACAUUAUUUGGGAUUAAAAAUACAAAGGAUGGCGUCGAGUGAUUUCCUAUUGAUGUGGUGCUAAAUUGAGGAAGAGAGCUUAGCGGGGGAUUUUUUUUACAUCAAAGAACGAAACAUUUUUUUGGACAUUUAUAUACACAUAAUAUGAAAAUAAAAUGUUGAUGAUGUCAAUA